AUGGCGGAAAAGUCUGAGGUUUCUGAGCUUUUCUUCUCAGUGUGUCAGAGCAGCACUUGUGCAAAUUUAGCCUCCAGUGUUUGCAAAACAUCACGUUCUUACGUGAACGAUGUCUCUGGCACUCCGGUCACUGUGGAUGUCGGAAAGUGCUAGUCCAGCUGCCCAUCCCAGUGGACCAGCUCCCCCCAGGGCUCCCAGCCCUCCCUCCCAGGGCUUUCCAGACAUUCCUCCGUGCUUGAUUUCCUUAGAAGCAAGAAGGUGAGAAAAGUGUGUCUGUCCUCCCUGUUGGCUGCUGGAUGGACUUUUCCACACGCCACAAAGUUCAUCACUGCUCUAGUCAAAAAGUCACACCAUGGGGAGGUGGUUCAGAUGCUGGAGAACUGCAAAAUGAAGGAAAAAUGCUGCUGCAUUUCCCAGGUGGAAUAUUAUUAUGAAAUUGUGCACAACUCUGAAAUUGAUGUGGGAAGGUGCUUGGGCAGCUGCUCCUUGGGGGAUCCCUGCGUGCUUAGAGGCUCCCAAGGCAGAAAGAAAUGUCUGGUUUGGGUAGAAGCUGUGUGUGACAUACACACCUUCAGGAGCCGGCGGGACCGUGGUCGCACUGUCAUUGCCAUCAGGCAGUGCAAGUGCUGGGGGCAGCGGGGCCAGGGACAUGCAGCUGAUGCACUGGUGGUCAUUGUAUAA